AUGGUUGGGUUGGGUCCAAAGCGAAAGCCGUCCCGCAAGGGGUCUAUGGCCGAUGUGCCAAAGAACUUGCUCGACGAGAUUGCGACACUCGAGAAGCUCUUCACAGUGGACGCCCAAAAGCUCAAGCAGAUCACAGAGCAUUUCGUGAGCGAGUUGCAAGCCGGUCUGGAGAAAGAAGGGGGCAACAUCCCCAUGAAUCCGACGUGGGUUAUGGCUUUUCCAGACGGUGACGAACAGGGCACAUUUCUUGCACUCGACAUGGGCGGUACCAACUUGCGGGUGUGCGAGAUUACCCUGACGGAAGAAAAGGGCGAGUUUGAUAUCAUCCAGAGCAAGUACAAAAUGCCGGAAGAACUGAAAACUGGAACUGCGGAAGAGCUUUGGGAAUACAUUGCAGAUUGCUUGCAACAGUUCAUCGAGUACCAUCAUGAAGACGAGGACCUCACCCACCUCCCACUCGGCUUUACUUUUUCAUACCCUGCCACGCAAGAUUACGUCGAUCACGGAGUGUUGCAGAGAUGGACGAAGGGAUUCGACAUUUCGGGCGUCGAAGGCCAGGACGUUGUUCCUCAGUUCCAGAAAGCCUUGCAAUCGAGGAACCUACCCAUCAAACUCGUCGCCAUCAUAAACGACACGACCGGCACCCUGAUCGCGUCCGCAUAUACCGACCAAACUAUAAGGAUUGGAUGCAUCUUCGGCACGGGCUGCAAUGCUGCAUACAUGGAAAACUGCGGCUCAAUACCGAAACUCAAGCACCUAAACUUGCCCGACGACAUGCCCAUGGCCAUCAACUGCGAAUAUGGUGCCUUUGACAACGAACACAAAGUUCUUCCUAUAACAAAGUAUGACACAAUCAUUGACGAGACGUCGCCGAGACCAGGGCAACAAGCGUUCGAGAAGAUGAUUGCGGGACUGUACCUGGGUGAGAUCUUUCGGCUUGUCUUGGUCGACCUGCACGAGAACAAGAACUUGCUCUUUGAGGGCCAGGAUAUCUCAUCCCUCAAGAAGCCAUAUACCCUCGACGCCUCCUUUCUUUCAUUCAUUGAAGAAGACCCAUUCGAGAACUUGCAGGAGACGCAUGAUAUGUUCCAAGAGAAGCUUAAGAUAAAUGCUACCAAGCCAGAGCUUGAGCUCUGCCGUCGCCUGUCGGAGCUGAUCGGUACACGUGCCGCUCGUCUCUCAGCCUGCGGGGUUGCCGCGAUAUGCAAGAAGAAGAACUAUCAAUCGUGUCACGUUGGCGCAGAUGGGUCGGUUUUCAACAAAUAUCCACAUUUCAGAGCGCGUGGUGCAUUGGCUCUGCGUGAGAUCCUUGAUUGGCCAAAGGGCAAGAAGGACCCAAUUUCACUGCUCAGUGCUGAAGACGGCAGUGGCGUGGGCGCUGCGCUCAUUGCCGCGCUGACAAUUAAGAGGAUCAAGGAGGGCAAUACAGUGGGGGUGAAAGAUAUUGACAGUCUGAAAGGCAUUGCAUAG